CCGCCACCUUUUUGUUUCUCCAUGAUCCACACUGCUCGAUCCAUCAUGGCGAUGCACGCUAAAGCUACUCCACCACAGAUCCCGGACACCCGCCGGGAGCUUGCCGAACUGGUGAAGAGGAAACAAGAGCUUGCGGAGACGCUUGUGAAUUUGGAACGGCAAAUAUACGCCUUUGAAGGCAGUUACCUAGAAGACACCCAAAUGUAUGGCAACAUCAUCAGAGGAUGGGACAGAUACCUAACCAACCAAAAGAACUCGAAUAGUAAAACCGAUCGAAGAAAUCGAAAAUUCAAGGAAGCAGAGCGUCUGUUCAGCAAGUCAUCAGUCACCUCAGUUGCAGCGGUAUGUGCGCUAGGCGGGAUACCAGAUCACAUGAACGAAAAACGUGAGGCGGGCAGCGGCACGGAAAGCGACGCCUCACCGGACCUCCAGAACCAAGAGAACGAACCCAGCCAGGAGGACACGGAAGACGUAGACUCCACCUUGCAGGACUUGAAGCCCCAAAAAGCUGCGUCUUCCUCUUCAUCUGGCAGCCACCACGGAAGCCAUAAGAAGAGGAAGAACAAAAACAGGCACAGCCCUUCUGCCAUGUUUGAUUAUGACUUUGAGUUCGACAUGAAAGUGAACAAGAAACCGAGAGCCGAAUAUUCUAACUGAGAAAGACAAAAUGUGGACCAAGAAGAGAAAUUAUUGACUUUGUGGACAUGUA